AUGCGCAACUGGCAGCCCCCGCGUCGCUGGGCCAACAUGAACUAUAAUGACUGGGAGGUUCUGGGGAACUGGGAGGACCCCAUCGCCGCCGCCCGCGAUCUGAGUGGCUGGGAGGGGCCGAGCACCUCCAGGAUCCUGAGUGGCUGGGAGGGGCCGAGCACUUCUUGGGCCCUGAGCGCCUGGGAGGGGCCGGGCACCUCGAGGGCCCUGGGUGCGUGGGAAAACCCGGGGAACCCCCACUCUCUGAUGCUUUCUGAGCUCUCUGGCGUGCCCCUGGGGGUGGGGACCAGCCAGGAUGAGCCCAAGGGGGAGGCGGGGCCCGUGUCCCCCCUAGAUGAGAGGGCCAACGCCUUGGUGCAGUUCCUCCUGGUCAAGGACGGAGGCAACGUGCCCAUCAGGCGGUCCGAGAUGGUGAAGUUCAUCAUCCGGGAGUACAAGGACCAGUCCUUGGAGAUCAUCAAGCGCGCCAACCACAAGCUCGAGUGUGUCUUUGGGUAUCAGCUGAAGGAGAUAGACCCCCAGACCCACUCUUACAUUAUCAUCAACAAGUUCGGGGGCGGGCCCGUGGCCUCGCCUCCCCCCUGCCUGGAGAUCCCCAAGCUGGGCCUCCUCAUGGCGGUCCUGAGCCUUAUCUUUAUCAAAGGCAAUUGCAUCCGGGAAGACCUGCUCUAUAGCUUCCUGGAGAAGCUGGGGCUGGAUGUCCGGGCGGAGCAUGGUGUCCUGGGGAACGUCAAGAAGCUCAUCACCGAGGAGUUUGUCAGGCAGAAAUACCUCGAGUACAGGGAGAUCCCCAACACCCAGCCCACCGAGUAUGAGUUCCUCUGGGGCCCCCGGGCGUUCAUGGAGAUCAGCAAGAUGCUGGUGCUCAAAUUCCUGGCCAAACUCCAUAACAAGGAUCCCGAGUGUUGGCCCUUCCACUAUUUCGAGGCCCUGGCCGAGUGCGAGUCCGAUGAUGAGUGGGAUUACGAGGAGCUGGGGCCCUACUACGGUCGCGCCGGGGGUCGCUUCCGCAGGUCCCGUCCCCGCUAAGCCAGAAACUUAGCCACUCUCUCUCUCUGUUCCUUCGUGUCCCCCGGGCCAAGAGCCACUCACAGGGUCGUCGUGCGUGUGCGUGCGCGUGUGUGUAUCGUGCAGGGGGUGGGGUGGGGAGGGGGUCGUGUCGUUUCGUUUCCUGGUGUUUCUGUUCCAAUCCUACCUAUGUGUACACUUGGAUCUCAGACCUGGUUCCUGUAAUCUGCCAAAGCUUUGUAUACAUCCUCACGUGCUGUUGACUUUCAAGUGGCUACUGUUCUCCUGGGUACCUCUUGGCACUUGUGUACUUAAGUGAGUUGUGUGUGAUUCUCUCUCUCUCUCGUUUUUCCGUGUUCGACUCGUUCUUGUGGCUGUACCCGGAGUUGUGCUGGCUUUGUGAAAUGAAUUGAGACGCAGCCAUCCAUCUCACCCUGGUGCAAAAAAAACUCUGUAGUGUUGAAAGUAGGCUGUUCUUUGACGUGUAAAACAUGACUCAUCAGUCACGCUGUCUGCAGAGAAAUAAAUAUCUAUAUCUAUAUCUAUAUAAAUAUACUUUCAGCAUAACACA